GCACGGGUCCCCCGGCGGGCGCUCCACGGGAACUGGAGGCGCAAGCGGCUCCCCGCCGUCCUUAAGCGGAAGGCUGCCCGCGCAGGGGCUCCAUGCCCUUUGCCCGGGAGCUCCGCCAUGGGGAGCCCGCUCUGGCUGCUCCUCGCGUGGCUGGGCUGCUCGGCGGUAGUUGCAGGACUGAGCAAUGUUGUUGGAGUUGGGUCCCACUGCGAGACAGCAUGCAAUCCUCGGAUGGGAAAUUUAGGGCACGGACGAAAAUUGUGGACAAAUACAAAAUGCGGGGGAAAUGCCACAGAGUUUUACUGUUCCUACAGUGAGAAUGUAGACCUCAUAUGCAAAUGGCCCAAAUGCAACAAAUGCAACUCGAUGCAUGCCCAUCUGGCUCACCCUCCCUCUGCCAUGGUUGACUCUUCUUUUCGUUUGCCGCACACAUGGUGGCAGUCAGCACAGGGGGUACAUCGGGAGAAGAUCCAACUGAACUUGGAAGCUGAGUUUUAUUUCACUCAUUUAAUCAUGGUAUUCAGGUCACCAAGACCAGCAGCUAUGGUCUUGGAGAGAUCUCAGGAUUUUGGAAAAACAUGGAUACCUUACAAAUAUUUUUCCACUAACUGCUCAGCAAUGUUUGGAUUGGAGGAUGAUGUAAUCAAGAAAGGAGCUAUUUGCACUUCUAGAUACUCCAGUCACUUCCCCUGCACUGGAGGAGAGGUCAUAUACCGAGCUUUGUCUCCACCUUUUUCUGCUGAUGAUCCUUACAGCCCUGAAGCUCAGGCACAGCUGAAGAUCACUAAUCUUCGAGUACAACUGCUUAAACAACAAUCUUGCCCUUGUCAUAGCAAUGACCUGAAUGCAAAACUUCCACAGUUAACCUACUAUGCUGUUUAUGAUUUCAUUGUAAAGGGGAGUUGCUUUUGUAAUGGCCAUGCAGACCAGUGUGUGCCCAUCAAAGGAUUCAGGCCCGUCAAAGGUGCAGGAGUCUUCCAUGUGGUGCAUGGAAGGUGUGUGUGUAAACACAAUACUGCAGGAAUUCAUUGUCAGCAUUGUGCUUCACUCUACAAUGAUCAGCCCUGGCAAGCUGCAGAUGGCAAAACAGGAGCCCCAAAUGAAUGCAGAUCCUGUAAGUGCAAUGGGCAUUCUGACACUUGCCACUUUGACAUGGACACGUGGCUGGCAUCAGGGAACCAAAGCGGCGGAGUCUGUGAUAAUUGUCAGCACAAUACAGAAGGUCAGCACUGCCAACAUUGUAAGCCAGGCUACUACAGAGACCUCAGAAGGCCUUUUUCUGCCCCAGAUGCCUGCAAAUUGUGCUCCUGCCACCCAGUUGGAUCAGCAGUGCUUCCCUUUAGCAACAGCACCUUCUGUGAUCCCAGCAAUGGUGAUUGUCCCUGCAAACCUGGUGUGGCUGGUACUCAAUGUGAUAGGUGCAUGGUUGGGUACUGGGGCUUUGGAUAUUAUGGCUGCCGACCAUGUGAUUGUGCAGGAAGUUGUGACCCACUGAAUGGUGAAUGCAUCAAUAGCAAUGCAGAUAUCAACUGGUACCAUGAAAUCCCUAGUUUUUAUUCUGCAUAUAAUGAAAGUCAACCAGCAUGGGAGUGGAAAGAUGAACAAGGAUAUUCUGCCCUUCGACAUUCAGGAAAAUGUGAGUGUAAAGAGCAAGUUUUAGGGAACUCCAAGAUCUUCUGUGGCAUGAAAUAUACAUAUGUGCUGAAGGCAAAUAUUUUAUCAGCUCAUGAUAAAGGCUCUCAUGCUGAGGUCAAUGUGAAGAUCAAAAAAGUACUGAAAUCUACAAAGCUAAAGAUUUUUCAAGGGAAGAGGAUUCUUUAUCCGGAAUCGUGGACUAACAGAGGAUGUACUUGCCCAAUACUCAAUCCUGGUUUGACAUACCUUGUAGCUGGAUAUGAAGAUGUCCAAGCAAACAGACUGAUUGUCAACAUGAAAAGUUUUGUUCAGCAGUGGAAACCAGCUCUUGGGAAAAAAGUAUUUGAGAUUUUCAAAGACUGCAGCUGAAAGUGCCGAACAGACUAUUUAUUUAUGCACAAGAUGCAAAUUUCAUGGAGAGUAGACCUCUGAAAUUGAAACUGGAUUCUAAGGGAAUAGUGCCAAAUAUGUUGAGAGGUAUUCCAACUGACAGCAUUU